UAGUGAUUUCUUACUAUGCGACGUUAAAGAGGCAACUUCAGUGUUGGACGUCUACAUAACAUACCGACAUCGAUUCGACGUUACUCCGGGAUGCCAAAAGUACACACUGAAGUCGAUCCUCUCCUAGAUGCACUGGGGGGGAGAGGGAGGUAUCAGUUGCUACAAUACUUCGUCAGCAAGAUAUAUGCCUUCUCGGCUGCCUUCCAGCUCCUAAACUUUGUCUAUGUGGCAAGAAGUAUUCCCCACACGUGUGGUCAGCCCAGCAACAUAUCAGACAUCUUUACCGCAAUUGACGAUGACACAUUCACCAUCAACAACAGCAACAUCUACUACGACAAGUGUGGCAUCAGAGUCGUGGCCAACAUCAGUGGCGACACGGAGACGAAACAGCUGCCAUGUUUGUACGGCUAUAACUUCGCCGAGAAGAAGGAACUCUCCAUCAUAUCAGAUAUGGAGAUAGUGUGUGAUCAAGCUCCUCUCAAAGGCCUUGGACAAACCCUGCUGAUAGUCGGGCAAGGACUAGGUGCAGCUUUUCUCCCAAUAUUUUCUGACCGCUUUGGUCGGCGUCCUAUCCAUCUCCUGUCCCACGUGAUUGUCAUGGCCCUGGGUGUCGGAGUAGCCUUCUCUCCCAACUUCACAGCCUUCCUUGUGCUCAGACUGAUUCUGGGAAUGUUCCAACAGGGUAUAGUUCUGACUGAUGCUACCAUUGGAAUCGAGGUUUUCCCAACAAAACACCGUAAGCUUGUGGCAUUCCUGUCCAACAUAAGCUGGAGCAGCUGUCACCUAUGUCUGCCUCUGGUCGCCUACCUUCUCCGGGACUAUUCCUGGAGGAUCCUGCAACUAGGCUGCACUUCAGUGUCACUGGUCAUCAUUCUACAGUUCUUUUUCCUCGAGGAAUCACUCCGAUGGUUGGUAGCCAAUGGCAAGCCUAAACAAAUCAAGAAACUUUUGAAGAGAGCGGCAAGGAUCAGCCAAGUAGACUAUCAGCAUGUUCUCGAUGUUUAUGCAAGUCUUAACACUGGUCAGGAAGAAACUCAGAAAGACCAAGGAGGGACCACAUCAAAGGAACAAACAGAAUCUCUGCUUACUGACCCCGUGGUACAGACAGUUGACGACGAAACACAUUCUCUGCUUGACUUCAUCAAAGUCAAACGACUGGGUCUGAAUGUGGCUGUUCUCUGGUUUAUAUGGUUUACUGACAGUAUGACCUAUUUUGGACUGUACUUCACAUCUGAUGCCUUGGCUGGAGAUAGGUUUGUGAAUGUAGUUCUACUGAUAGUGGUGACGAUGCCGUCCAGUGUUGCCAUCUACUACCUCGUCGACAGGAUUGGGCGAAAGUGGACUUGCAUCCUUUUACACCUUACCACUGGGUUUGGAUUGGUUGGAGCUACUGUUGUCAGAGAACUCAUGGGCAACACUGGAGCGGGGGCAAUCAUAUCAACUGUUUUUUCCUGUUUCGGCUUCUUCGGAGCAUUUGGAGCAUUUGGUACACUUUUCUUCUACACCCCGGAAAUAUUUCCAACCAAUAUCAGGAACGUUGGCUUAGGGACGUCAUCUGCAUUUUCAAGACUUGGUGGGAUGUUAGGACCAUUUGCCGGACUACUGAGUGAGUAUGUGACCUGGGGCCCGGGUGCGGUGUUCACGUGUUGUUGUUUAGCGGCAACCGCCAUGAUCAAUUUGCUCCCGGAGACCAACGGAAAAGAGCUCCCUCAGACAAUCAGUGACGUGAAGGCCUGGUACGAGACGAACAACGGCGAACAAAAGAUGGACGCAAAAGUGAAGGAGAAGGCGGAACAGAAGACCGAAUAACAGGCACUGUCGCAGCAUCCGCUCUAACAUGCACUGUAGCAGCAUCCGCUCAUCAGCAAGAAGUGUCCCUCCUUUGCUUUGUUUCGUCUAACAGUUCCUACAUGUUAGUUAAAAUAAGGAGGUUGUCGUGUUUCGUGACAGAACGUAGUAAAUGGAUUUCAGUACGCGUCCAUCUUCCUCAUAAAUACACGGGUUGGUGUUAUAUAUAAGAGUUCCAAUUCGACUGGGUUAAAGGAACGUGAAAAUACUGCUUAAGAAAAUUAUUAUUGUGAAUGCUAUGUUAGAGCUGUACUUUCUUAGAUCAAUGUCUAAAUUACACCGUACUUACGUACGUAUGUUUCUGUCGCUAUUUGUUUCGCGGAUUGUGUGUGUGUGUGUGUGUGUGUGUGUGUGUGUGUGUGUGUGUGUGUGUGUGUGUGUGUGUGUGUGUGUGUGUGUGUGUGUGUGAGUGUGUGUGUUUCUAUUUCAGUUUUUUUUUUGUGUCUGUGUGUGUGUGUUUCUGUCUGUUUUCUGUCUGUGUGAAAUUUUAUAAUCCGUCAUGUCCUACGAUUACGUGUAAUACAAUGUUUAAAUGUGUAUGAUUAAUGACUACAAUGUCCAGCCGUGGUACUGAUUUAUGGUCAAAAGAUGUUACUCUCUAUGUUUUCAUGUUUCAAAAGAAUAUAAUGAAACAUAUAUAAUUACAAUUAUACUUAAUAGUUUUAUAUUUAGUAACCAACUGAUCGCGUCAAACACAUCUGUCAUAUGUAGCGGCCAAAUAUCCCACAUGCACUGGUUUUAACCCCAGGCAAUCUGAUCAGGCGUCGAGAGCCUUCUGUACACAGGAGCUACAGAACUAAUGGGCCUGCUUGCAAGGACGUCAUCUGUGGAGUACCUUCACGCCCUGCCAAUUGGCUGGUGAAAAUACCACUGUUGAUUGUAUGCAUUAAUCUACUGGUCUGUACUUCUGAAAAGGAAAUGUUUGUUUGAAAUAUGAGAGGGUGUUUAAUUUUAGGGCAGGGCAUGGUUACCAUUUUCGCUAACACCGGGUGUCAUCAUUGAUUUUCCGAGAGAAUAACCAGUCUCGAUAAUCCGCCAAAACAUAUUUCAUUGGGCGUAAAUAGAAAAUCAAAACAAUGUUAGAACACAAUGUUAAAAUAUCUCUGAAUUUUAGAAUGUAAGAAUUUUAUCAUAAUUGUUUUCUUCAACAGUAUCUGCCUAGGACACUGUGAUUAACAAUCAGGCCAACCGGUACGGUGCCACGCACCACAAUGGCUGACUGUGUGGGAUAAUAAUUGAUAAUAAUUGCCAA